GUCUCUCCUCUUUUUUGGACACACUGUCUUCAUGGAUGGUCUCUGUGAAUGCUGGCCAGGGAGAUGAGUGUUCGUACUUGGAGCGGCUGGUGAACAGCUGGUGAUCACACUUGGAGCAGACAUAAACCCCUGAAGAUUAAAGCAUGGGAGAUGAUUGAUGAAAAAAAAGAAUGAGGCAAUACCUAUUUUAAUAAUGUUGUUAUUUAGGAUGGCUCAGACUUGAUAUAAAGUUAGUACCUAUAUAUAAAGUCAAUGGUUAGUGCUAACUUUUUUUCAUAAUAGUAAUGACAUUAUACAUAAUGACUUGUUACAAACAAAAACACUGGCUCACAUAGUGCAGAAGAUAGUGGCUCUUAUCAGUAUUUGGUACAACAUCUUUCAGAAAAAGCUAAAAAAACAUUUACUUAAUAUAAUAACUUUGUAUUUGUUUAAGGUUGACAUUUUUAACGGGGGAAAAAGUUCUUAUUUGUUGUACACAACAACCAAUUUUACAACAUAGUUGUUGUGUAACCUGACCAUGGGUUACACAACUUACCACAUUGUUUCAUAAUUUCCACAUCCACACAUUUAGUUUUCUGUGAUCUGAUGAAUCGGGUUAAUCUUACUAUUUAUAGGUGUUUCAGUGGCUAAAGCAUUAAAGGCUACAAGUGCAAUAUUAGACAGAUAUGCACUGCCGCUGAUGUAUUAUUAAGCGUUACAUGGAGUAGUUAGCUAACAGUGGCUAGCUAGUUAUCGUUAAUUUUACUUUAGCCAAACAUUCUUUAAACAGUGCAACUUAUCAAGCAGACAGUUCUAUAAAGUACACAACGAUGAAUAUAUACCUGGUUUAAAAUGGUCUUUAUAGACCUCUCCUCCGAAGAAACUGCAGAACGACAUGUCUCUGCUCUCCGGGCAAUGUUUAGUAAAACUUAUGUGAUCACAGGGACGCUCUGCCGGCAAACAACAAUACAUCCGGUUUGAAAUUCCGUCCUUCAAAGUAAAACCAGAGAACUUUAAAAUGUGAAGAUAAAACGUGCCCCACAAUCAGAGACUGUUACAGUUUGUUCGCAAUUCAUAGAUAUAAAUAUGUAUGUAUUUAUUAUAAAACGCUAUUAUGACUUACAUAAUUACAUGUUCAACUCAAAACUAACUUGUAGUAAAUAUAGUAAUCAAAUGAUCAUUAAAUUGCCUAAUUCAUAAAUCAACGUACUUAUUAUUUUGGUCAUGGUUUCGAUAACAACACAAUAUUCACAACUACUUUGAUAUAAUGAAGAAAGCACAAAAGACAUGAAAGUGGACAAGAGUUCUGGUGUAAAUCUCUUACUUGAUCAAUCCCAAGGAGGCCAUUUAUGCAAUUUAUUUUCAAAAAAGAUGUCGCUUUCAUUUUGGUGUUGUGAGUGCCCAUUGUUGUGACUGAUAAAGUACAUUUUGUUUUGAAAGGUUCAAACCGGAAGUCAUUUAGUGGCUGCUAGCGGAUAACUAGCUAGAGGGUUUAGGCUAGGUUAGCUACGCUUGUCUCCUUGCUUUCUUGCAAUAAUCGUCAAUAUUUUUGUGCUAUAAGCCUCUCCGGAAACAUGGACGCCGCAAUGUUUCAACUGAGGUCGUUUGUGCAUCAGCGGCUGUUCACUGCGGCGGAGGAGAUUCUCCGAGAGGUGGAGAAAACCAUAAAGUUAGCUUUCGAUGAAGGUCCAUCAAAAGAUGAGGCUGGACGUCUGCAAGACCUGCGAAUGAAAGCAGCUGCAGAGCCUUCACUGACCAGCAGCACAGUGGAAAGUGAAGAUGAGUGUGAUGCUCGACUGCUGCAGGAGAACCAGGGACCCUCAACACCAGAAGAGUCUAAUUUUAAUGCAGAGACCCCAGGACCCUCUCAAACAAGCUUUGAUCCGGACAAUAAUGACUGGAACUACUGCUCGGUUCAAACAGACUUCAAGAUGACAGAGAUUAAAGAAGAGCAGGAGGAACUCUGGGAUGACAGUCAAACACAGGAGAUGUAUUUGUCUUCUGAAAUUGUGAAAAGUGAGCAAGAUCAGCCAGAGGCUGAAAUAUCAUAUGAAUUGCAGCCAGUUUCUUCAGACUGCUCUGCAGCCCAGAGUGAUAACAAUGACAGUGAUGAUGAGUGUGUGAAAAGCAAAGGAGAACAGACAAUGAAACAGAACAAAAUGAUAUUCCCAGGACAAAGUGGCAGCGUUAAUGAGGAAGACCCAGCAUUAUUGCCCCAUGACAAAAGUUCUGCUAAAAGUGGAAAAAGAGGUCGAUGUUGCCAUUUUUGUGGCAAGGGAUUCCAGUAUGUAGGCUCUUUGAUGAAGCACAUAAAAACCCACGAGAAGACAACUGAUUGCACAGUUUGUGGGAUGAAAUGCCAGUCUAAACCAGAGCUGAUAGCUCAUUUGAAAAGUAAUCACAACAAAACAUGUUUUUGCGGUGUUUGUGGAAAGACUUUUGACAAACUACGUUCCCUCCGGCUGCAUGAAAAAAUUCAUAAAGACAUGAAAGAGUUUGUCUGUCAAGACUGUGGCAAGAUAUUUUCCCAGAAAGUGCAUCUGAGUGUUCAUAUGAGGACACACUCUGGGGAGAAACCAUAUCACUGUGAUAUUUGUGGAAAAGCAUUCAGUCAGAGCACUUACCUUACAAUUCAUAAAAGAAGUCACUCAGGAGAGAAACCGUUUCAUUGUAGCCUGUGUGGUAAACUUUUCAAUACAAGCAGUCAUCUUAAAACGCAUAUGCGAUACCAUACAGGAGAAAAACCUUACCCGUGUGAUAUUUGUGGUAAAAGUUUUCGCCAAAGCGGGCAGAUGACUACACAUAGGACCAUACAUACAGGAGAGAGGCCCUAUGGCUGUCAUAUUUGUGGUAUAAGAUACAGGUAUGCACCUGGUCUAAAGUUGCACCUGAAAUCUCAUGAAAAGGCAGCCACUGAGUGAAGACUGUUACCAUUAACCAGGCAGACCAUGUUGUAAGCUAAAAUACAAACAUCAACAACAUUCUUGACCCAAUACAGCUGACAUUGUGAGUGUAUUGCUUAACUGCUCAUAUGUCUGUAUAUUUAAUGCAAUGGCAUUGUGCGGGUUGGUUAUAAGGGUAGCAAGACACCUAACAUUAAACUCGAAAAUUCAAUAAAUGCAUUUCAUAAACAUUUACAUUCUUGGUUUGUGGGGUUUAUUGUCACAAAUGUGAGUGAGUAUGUUUUUUUUUCUUUCCACUAUAAUCCCAAUUAUCAUUUGAAUACUUUGCUAUGAUUCCUACAUACAGGUUCAACAGUUUAAAGGAGGAUAACUACCACAGACUGAAGGUAUUCAUGGCACGAUCAAGGUUUAAGAAUAAAGGUUUUCAAUCCAUACUAU